CACUCCGUCUGUCCGGGUUUUUGUCUGCCCUCAGAGUGCUGGUUUGAGACGCGUUCGUGACGUUCAGUGGCUGCGUUCUGAUACGUUCAGUGAUCACGUUCUGCCACUGCGUUCUGUGGUUGCGUUCUGCUAUGUUCUCCUACGUUCAAUAACUGCGUUCUGUGGCUGCGUUCUACUAUGUUCUCCUACGUUCAAUAACUGCGUUCUGCUACGUUUAAGUGAUUGCGUUCUAUGACUACGUUCAGCUAUGUUCUACUACGUUCAAUGACUGCGUUGUGUUACGUUAAUUGGCUACGUUUAAUGACUACGUUCCGCUGCGUUCUGUGAUUACGUUCAGUGACGACGUUCCGCUACACGUUACUGCGCUCUCUUAUGUUCUUCUACGUUCAGCGACUACGUUCUGUUACGUUCAGUGCCUGCGUUCUCUGAAAGACAUCAGAUCAACCACAGGCUUUCCACAAUCAGUUUAUCUAUGCUGAUAUCGUCAUCUCUAUAACAUGGACGCUCGAGAAACAGGGAUAAACUCCAUCGUUUAGGUUUCAACGAUAUGUCUUCAGUAAUGUACAAUGUAACGAAACGUAUCACAAGCCUUUAUUUGGAGGUGAAGGUGUCGGAAUAGUUUUUAAUUGAGUUUGUCAUCGCUCUUGAAUGAUUGGAUUCACUCAGCUUGCAAAGGAGAUUGGCACACCAUGUGUUCUCUUUUCCUCAUCUUCCUUUUGGUCUCAGGUGUGAUGGUGGAAAGUGCCCCUGGUGAUAGUACUCCUUUUCCUGAUGAUUUAUUCAACUUGGAUGACUACGAUGAAAUGUAUUAUGACGGAAUGUAUGAUGACUAUGAUUAUAACUAUGACCUGGAUGAGAGUCAUACUGAAGGGAAUUAUCAGGAUAUCUUGGUUCCAUCUGUGAAUGCCACGUCACAGUCAACCGUUCCUGACAGCCAGCCACCUCCUGUCACGGCUGACUCCGAACACAGCACAACUUCUCCGGAACAAGAGGUUUCUAAUGACUCCCAGCCUACCGACAACGAGGAACUUGAUGAUAUCCUUUCGAAGCUGUUAUUCUUUGGGCCUCAACCUGUUCCUACGGAGUCACAAAGUCACUUCCGUGGAGAUCUCCCUCCUUCUUUGGACUCAGAGGAAAUUGUCAGCGACUCAGGUGACCUACAGUUCAUUCUCCCUUUGGAUGAUCAUUCGCAGCAUAAUGUGAGUGGUCCAGCAGAAAGAGGUCAGCUGGAGGAAAGUACGCAGGAGGAAAGUCCGGGUGGUACUGGGCCUAUGUCACCUGUAUUCCUCUCGUUACCUGUGGUGGAAGGAGAGAUUGACGACUCGGGGUCCCUGAACAUAACUGAUGAAACGGAUUAUGGAGAUUACGAUGGAGAUACGGAAGCAGCGACGGAAUUCACUACAGGUGUAGAAACAACCCCAAGCUUAAAAAAUCUGGUCACAAUGCAAACGCCAGUGCCUCAAACCACGAACAGUUGGACUUGGUUUUACAUCAUUCUGUCUGGCAAGUGCCUGCGUGUAAAUUUUAACGAUGAUGCUGGUCUUAUUUCUGAUUUCAUAGCCUCGUUUUCUUCACUCCUACUCUACGACAGGGAAUAUAUAGUUGUUGAUUCUAUGUCUUGUUCAAACGACGAAAUGGCAGUGAACAUGUCAGUUGAUUCGAAUAUCUAUCCCAACUGCGAGAAUGACCUGGGGACACUGCUCUCUCACAAGAACAUCAGGAUCAAGCUUCACAACAGUUCUUUCUACAUGGAAUCCUUCGAGACAAAAAGGUCGCUGGUCUUUGAGACGAAGCCGGAGAAGAAGGAGGAUAAACCGGACAUCCUCCUGUUCAUUCUUAUAGCUGUUGGCAUCUCGCUACUCUGCCUCUUGGUCGCUGGUUUGGUCUACGCGGCGUACCAGUGUACCAGGGCUAAGACUCCUCCAUCUGACCCGGCCAAGUACGUGCCGGAAUCCCCUCGUAGUUUGAGACCGAAGUUCGAGACGGAGCAAGGGGUCAAGGCAUCCGAGAAGCGUCCUCACGGGGUCAACAUGUACAGGAGUUAUAGUGACCUUAGUGCUCCUGACCUCUACAGUCACCUUGGGUCUUUUGACUCGACCGGGAGCGCCAGGAGCGAGAUGUCGGCGGUGCCCACAGCCCAUCUAAAGAUUUCACUGGAAAAGAAGAAGAAGAAAGAGAAGAAGAAGAAGAAGAAGAAGAAGAAGGACUACGAUGACAGUGGGCUCAGCGACAUUGCGGGUUACGAGGAGAUGUGGACGGAGAGUCUGACGGAGACCAGCGAAGAGUUCAUGACGAUCCGGAACCUCAACACCAAGGCUUCGACGUUCAAGGCGGAGAUCAAGGAAUCGGAGAAGGACAGCCUGGACCCCCUCCUGAGAAACAUACACGACAACACCUCUCAGGAGAAAGAUAACAAGUCAGUGCCCCCCAUCGACAGCACCGAGUCGUCGACCAACUGUCCCUCCCCUUCGGUCGCCAAGAAAGAUGUCCUCAAGAGCUUGGACGACCUCAUCUCCAGUAGCAACCCCGACAUCAAUUCCUACAGUGCUUAUUCCGCCACAUACUCCAACACGACCAUCAACAUCUCCAGUGCUUCGUCGGCUAUUUUCUCCACGACGAACACCUCCUCAUACGCUCCUACGGACUCCUCCCCCAUGACUUACACAUCUACCAACACUUCCUCCUUCGGCACGACGGAAGGAAAGACCUCUUCUUCAGCUACCAGCGCCUCUGCGGAGAACCUUUGUCUAACACGCAUAACGUUCAUGGGUAUGGAGAACCCCUCGUUUAGGAUAGAGACAGAUAUGUGACGUAGACAUUAUUUUCAACUUGAUUGGUUACUGAAUCAUCUUUCACAGACACAGAUUCUCAGAUCAUAUUUACAGAUCUCUCUUUUUUUUCUAAAUACGCAAAAAUGAUUUAUUGAUGCUUUGUGUCUAGUGCAGUGUUUAGAAACCAUCCCAUUACCGUUGAUUCAAAGGAUUUAUUUGGUUGUGUAAUACAGUAUAAAAAUCUUCCACCAGAGAUGUGUGUGUGGCCGCAUCAGACGGAACUUCUCUUGUCCUCCAACAAAAACUCUCCCACUGGUAUGUCUCGGAAAUAGAAAGAUAAAGUAGGAAAUUACUUGCCCGCGUUAUAGACAACGUUAUAGAAAUGCACGUUGCUUUGGAGAAUACUUAAGACAUGACAUGCUAGGCUUUGAACAACUUUGAACAAAGCUAAGAGGUGGAGGAAUAGUCUUACACGGAAAGACAAAGAUUUUGAAUAUCUUUAUUAGAAGUAGACACACAAACGCACGCACUUAAUACGCAUGGUUACACGUCCACGUAUAACAAUGCAAUAUCAACACGCAAGGUAGAUAUAUUGCACCGUUUUCAUUCAUACCGUCUCCUGCCGUUGCAAUGCUUUGUUGUGCAUAGAGAUUAGUUUCAUCUGUGAAUGAUAUUUAGUACAUAGAAGAACUUUAGUUGGAAACUUGUAGGAAGUUAUCAUUAUCCUUAUUACUGUUCUUCUUGUUGUUAUUAUUAUUGUUAUUUAUGUUAUUAUCAGUAUUAUCAAUGCUAUUUCUAUCCUUGCAUCAUAAUCGUUAUUGUUCUCGUUAUUAACAUCAUUAUCAUUGUCUUUAACAUUAUUUUCAACAUUAUUGUCAUUGUCACUGUUGUCAACACUGUAUCAUUAUGGCUAUUACCUGUCUUUUAAGAAUGUAUUUAUUGCAAGGAUGAUAAGCUAUAA